UUGUUUAAUAAUCAUAUAAGCUAUUUCGAUAGAGGAAACUAUCAGUUUUGAAUUCACAAGCAAGGAAGGACGCUUUUAAUCAUGAAAAUUAUGUCAAAAAGUCUUCGUGUGUCUUUACUAUUUUCUAGUUUACUUUUUUUAAUAUUAAACCUAAUUGGUAUGCGUUUAGGAUUUUAUCCUGUUUGUAACGAACUAUUACAAAGUAAUUCAAAGCAGCACGGAACUGAGGAACGAUACACGGUGACAGAUGAAAGAUAUGAACAUCUUGACAUUCACUUGCCUUCAAAGUUACCAUAUAAUCUUACAAAUCCGGAAAUAGAAAAUCAGUCACAUGGACAAACUCAGUUUAUAGACAGGUUUUUAAAGAACAUGACAAACGGGUUUUUUAUUGAAUCUGGGGCCUUUGAUGGUGAAUACUUGUCAAACAGUUUGUUUUUCGAACGUUUUCGAAAUUGGACGGGACUUCUUGUUGAACCUAAUCCAUUUCAAUUCAAGAGGUUGAUGAAUAAAAAUAGGAAAGCAUACGCUAUCAAUGCAUGCCUUUCAGAGAAAAACUACUCUUCUGUUGAAACAUUCAACGUUGGAAAUAAGGACUAUCUCGGGGGGAGUGUUGUUCAAAAAGAAACACAUAAUCUUCUUCCCCAGCAUAUCCGAGUAAAGUGCCAUCCCCUAAUCUUAAUAUUGCAAGCAAUAAACCGCUUUGAAGUAGAUUAUUUUAGCUUAGACAUAGAAGGUGCCGAAUAUGGGGUUCUAAGUUUAUUGCCUUGGGAAAGAAUAAAAGUCAAUAUAUUUUCAAUAGAACACAAUAAGUGGCCUGGUGGUAAAUUGAACCUUAUUAAAUUCAUGGAAAAACGAGGAUACAAACUUUUAACUGAAAUAAAACGUGUAGGUGUUGCUCCAGAUUAUAUAUUUAAGAAAACAUCAGAAAAUUUGCUAUAAUUGUUUAACAAAUGCCACCUAAAUGCGUUUAGUUUAAUUUCUUUACCAGGUUGAUUUGAAUAGACCCUUUCUUCAUAAAGUUGUUAAAAAACUUUUAAAAAGGGAAUUUGUAGUGAAAUCAACAAGCAUUAAUUUUGGAAGGACUAGUAUAGAGUGCCUUG